AACACGAUACGCAGCACACAUACGUACAUAGAUGUCAUAGAUGUCAUUUGGGAAACCAAAUUUUUGUGACGACAAUCGACUAGAACAGAGACUAGAAUGCCGGAAUCGAACCCCAAGACGCUCUGCCGCCCCAGCAAUGGCCUCGACCAAGCGGAGGAGUCCGACGUCGGCCUGGCCGCCAAUCUGGUCACCCAAAGGAACCUCCGACUGCACCCCCGCCCACAGCGCCAACGUCCGCCGCGAGCCCGUCGCGAUGCCACCGGCUUUACGGCCAACCAGGAGGUGCGGCUAAAAGCCGGCGACAUGCGCAUGGCCCGGCUGCAGAUCAGUCUCUCCCAGCUGCGCACCGCAAUGGAGGAGUCGGGCAAACAGCUGAAGGACCUCUGCCAGAAGGUGCGGUUGAAUGUGGAUGCUGAGUGAAGGGUCCUGCAGUUUCGGUCAAAUAUCCUUAAGCAUUCCUUUGCAAAUGCAAAUCCAUUCAAUUUAGGAAGUGCCAAAUUUAAGUGUAUACGGUAGAAUACAAAUAAUAAGAAAAAAUGUACAUGAAUUUGCGUGUACAUGAAUUAUAUAUGUA